UAAAAAAAAAACUGAAGUAAUUUCAUUUGAAGUCCUUGUCGCCGAAUUCUUUAUGAUAAAUAACUUUUUUUCUUUUCUGGCUAAUAUUGUUUGAAAUAUUCUGAUAUUUUUGAAGACCUUGGGUAUUUAAUUAGUUCCAUCAAUUCGUCAUACUCUGGUACAGAUCCAUCUUCACAGGUAGAUAACUCUCUGGAUUUACUAGACAUGGGUAAGUCUUUAGAGUCGAGAGAGCGAGAGAACUUGAUAUGACCCAAAAGAUAUUCCUGUUUCUGUUGAAAUGUCAACACAUACACAAAUGCUCUGCAUUACAAGAGACUUCAUUAAGACUUUAAUGAAACAAGAAUGAUUCACAAUUCACUACCUCAUCUCUGAACUUGGAGGAGUGGCUGCUGGAUAAAGAUCUUCAGGGCAGUGGAGCACGUGAGAGUUUGGAGCCUCUGAUCCAGGCCGCUCAACUUUUACAGAUCAAAAAGAAGAGCCAGGAUGAUGCUGAGGCCAUCUGUACUAUGUGUACUGCGCUCACAUCACAACAGAUUGUGAAAAUUCUCAGCUUGUACACACCUAUGAAUGAGUUUGAGGAGAGAGUAUCUAUAUCAUUCAUCAAGUCCACACAGACUUUAUUAAAGGACCGUAAGGAAUCUUCUCAGUUGCUGAUGGAUGCGAAGAUCAUUUUCCCGGUUACUUUUCCCUUCAACCCUUCACCUGUAGCCCUGGAAACCAUCCAGCUGCCCAGCAGCCUCAAUCUGAACUUCCUCACACGGGUUUGAAAAGAGACUAGUGAUGUCAUACAGAACAAUGUUCAUCUGCAAACCAAAGGCGUUGGAUAUUGUAGCAACACCCUCUGAACACAGAAUCUUGUCACUUGUUGUUCAAAUUAGAUAUUUUUUAGAACUAUAAGCACAUUUCACUGUUUGUUUGUCAUACAUUUAUGAGACACUUGUAAAGGUUUGUAAAUGUUGGAACGUUUUGUCAUGAUUUAACAUAUAUAUUAUAUAGUGUAAAGUCUAGAAAUAGCCUUUGUAUUACAUUUGCAUUCUUUUGUGGGGUUUAAAAUAUUUGUCAUAUACUCAACCCUAUUUGGCCCUGAUUUAGGAAUAUCAAGUAUUUUAUGCAAAGUUUGUGAAAAAAAAUAUUGACACA